CCUUCUGAUCGGUUGUCAUAUUGAAUUGCAAAUUCUCGUAUAGUAAGAGUUCCUUCGGUUUCCUACCUAGCACAUUCUCUGUUGUCUACGCCAAUAUUUGACAUGCGAGUAGAGUGUGGCUGGCUACAUACGGGGGAACUCAACCUACCUUUCGAAGGGUAUACCUUUACAGAUGAGUGAAACGAGGAUUUAGGUAUAUAAGGAGAUGACCCGCCAAGCGAGCCAGCCUGAUACCGACUUUCAUUGGUAGGCCAUGAAACAUAGAGAAUGGGAACUUGUUCGCACGUACCUCGACCGCAGGUCUGAGAAUGACGAGUGUGCUUUCGCCCACAGCUUCUGUUGCUUAACCGGCUCGUGGUGUUUAUGGUCCUGACCCGGUACAGCCGCUAAGCUCAAUUUUCAUUUCCAAGUGUUGUUACUAGCCUCGAGAGAGAUGUUUCACAGGAUUCACCUGCAACUGAUAAACCUGGGGGAUAAUACCCAAAAAGUCCUUUUUUUCUGAUCAUAGAGGAGCCGUGUGAAGCUAAGGUUUCAUGUAUAGUUUUGUAAUAGUGGUGGGAGCUGUGAUGUUAUUAUCGACUAUGAUUAUCUAACAGUUCAAGUACAGUUGAUAUAGUUGAAGCACAACCAAAAUAUGGUUUUUUUUAUGGAAUCUUUGGUGUCAGCCUAUAGGCUUUCUAGUUUUUAGAAAUUCUUCUUUGGCCGAAUGUGAAAGAUUACCCAGAGGGGGAAUUAGUUGCAUGUUAUCAAACCGAAUAUUCCGGUAUCAAAUAUGGUUUCUUUUUUCUUGUUUCUUACUUAUCCUUAUUAGUUUCCUCUUUAUUUGUAACAGUUCUUUACUUAGGCGGGUGGCAUUUCUCUAUUCCCUACAUAUCCACGAUUCUCCCAGUGUAGGAAUAACACUAGUUAUCUUGACCUUGAUUCGUUCAAGCAUUUUUUCCUUACUAUACUCCAGUACGAUUAGGAAAAGAAUCUGUGUACUCAACGGUGCAUUGAUAAUUAUCUGGGAUUUAUUUUGCUCUUUAAAGCAAAACGGUGUCUUGACUCUCAAGAAUAGUGUGUGUUAAUAUACAUGUAGAUAAAGAUAGAGAUAGCAACGAACUGGAUGCAUAGUCAAACAAAAAACUUGUGACUUGUUCUCGUAGGCUAACUAACCAAAUCAUAGGAUCUAACACGAGAACGGAUAAACACCGCGCCCCCGCCACGUCUAUCUAUAUAAGCUAAUCCCUCGACCUCAACCGACUCCCAAAUCUCAAUUGCUUUGGCUCUCUCUCUCCCUCCCUUUCGCUGCGUGCGCCGUCCAAUCCAAACCAAUCCCAAGUCCCCACCCGCUCGCGGCAAGCAAAGCAAGAUGAUUUCCCCGGAUGUGGCUCGCGACGUCGUCGGCAAUGUCAUCUCCUUCGGCCUCUUCCUCUCCCCUGUGCCGACGUUAUGGCGGAUCAUCAAGAACAAGGACGUGGAGGAGUUCAAGUCGGACCCGUACCUAGCGACGCUGCUCAACUGCAUGCUCUGGGUGUUCUACGGCAUCCUCUACGUCAUAUUCGGCUCGGCAAUGUACGCCUCCCUGCUCACCAUCAUGGGUAAAGUGAUCAAGAACAAGAGUGUCGAGUACAUGCCCUUCUUCCUGUCGCUGGUGAGCUUCCUCAACGGCGUCUGCUGGACGUCCUACGCUCUCAUCAAAUUCGACCUCUACGUCACAGUCAAUCCCCAAUGGCCUCGGUGCGCUAUUCAGCCUCGUCCUGUACGCCUGCUACUACAGGCCGACCCCCAAGAAGGAGAAGAGCGUAAAGCUCAAAUGUGAUUGAAGGCUCCUGGCUCCUUGACUGCAAUAAAAAGUGCUAGCUACAGUAAGAACAAGGGAAUCUAGAGACCGAGACUGAUAGAAAAGGCUAGGCUACUUCUAUUCGUUAUUCGUUUCCCAUAUGAUUUUCCAUAUUUUACCAUAAAAAUAGGAUGUUUUUAGCCAUUUAUUGUUAGUACUGAAAUCAGGCAUAAAGGAUUUUACGGGAGGUAAAGAAGUUAUUUCAACAACGUUCCUGUCAUCAAAUCCUGAUUCAACAAAGCCAUGCCAGCUGUGUUGGUCGUUCCUCCGAUUCAAAGUUCUCUUGGAUUCCAAAAAGCAUCGCUACCCG